AUGACGUGUCCCCAUUUCAUCACCUUUCCCAGCGGAGACUGUUGGAGGACUUCUUGUAAGUCAUGCCAGGCUGUUGUUUCUCUGCUAUUCGACCUUGUGCCAUUUCAGUCGCUGCUGACGGAUCCGAACCCGAACUCGCCUGCAAAUAGCGAAGCAGCGAAGCUUUGGUCGGAGAAUCGGCGAGAAUACAAUCGCAGAGUGACCGAGAUUGUUGAGGAAAGCUGGGCUGCAGCCGAUGCGCUCUGCGAGGAGGAUGUUGCGAUGACUGGCAUCGCGGCGGAGAAGGACUAG